AUGAGUGAUAGGACACCCGGAAGGAACAGCGCAGGGGAGUUUGCAGGCGAGGGCACGUCGCAAUGGCCACUAGGAUCGCCGCUCAGCAGCGGUGUUGCUCGAUGUAACGUCACUCGCGGUCAGAUUGCCACUAAUACGCCAAUAGUAAGUAGAACUGAGCGACCUUACGCUACACAUGUUGAUCCACACUUAGCAGAUCAAGAAAUCGGCGUAAUCUCUUCUCAUAGCCUUGGCGGAGCGACGUGCAGCAGUGAAUCACCGCUAACCAAACAACAACACCGCACGUUUUCACAUCGUAUUUCACCGCCGACAUCAGGUCACCCAUUCACACCGCGGCUCGGUUCUACAACCCUAGCUGAUGACGACGUGUUUCUCAGUCAGGGACAGGCGGGGCUGUUAAGUUACGGGUACAGUCAAGAGGAGGCCGCUGAUUUGAGCAUCACUCGGACUAAUACGAACACUCUAUUUCCAAGCCAACAUGGCGACUUGAACGAAAGCGGCAAGAGUGUUCUUGGAGUACCUAGCGAUAGGUUGAACUAUUUUGCGCCCCGACCGCAUCGUUCUACGGGAGACAUUUAUGACUUGACAACGAUUCGACCUCCCGACACUCAGUUAUAUCGACAUGUACCACAAGGUCAAUCUGAGACAGGUCACAGUACAACAAGUCACACUUCAACCGUAGCCGCAUCAACUAUGCAGGCUCGGGGAAUGAACGCACCUUCUUACAAGACUAGUCCGGAUACCGCACGCGCUUACCGAUCCCACGAACUAUCGCCCCCGUUCCAAUCCAGUCCAUCAACACCGCGGAAAUCUCCAGACACCAACAGAAGUCGGGCUGUCAGUCCACAACUGCGUAAGAUACCAAGUUAUCUGGUGAAACAGGAAUUGGGACCCACAUACAUGCCAGAAAGUCCCUAUUCAGACGACGAAAAUGACAUUACCUCUCAUAUUGAUGAGAGAAAAGAAAAAACUAGGGAACAUUUGAAAGUGGAAACAGAUGAUACCCAUAAGGUGUCACACUCCCCUAGGGAGGUUAGUCACAAAAAAUAUGGACACAGAAGUCGGAGUCAUCGCAGGACAACAGAUCCUAUGCUUUACACUGAACAAAAUGAAACAGAUCAUAUGACUUCUUCACCUGAGAAAGUUCAAGGGAUGAUGACCUGGCAGUCAGAAGCCUUAUCUGCAAAAAGAAUGGUGAGAGACAAGGUACAGGAAUAUUUGGAAUCAUCUGCACAAAAUUAUUCACCGAAUUCAAGUUUUGAGAAUAGUUUUGGGGCAAAUAGACCUACAUAUUUAGGUUUAGCAGAUAUUCAAUCUAUAUCUCGGUCACAGCUAAAAACUGUCAAGUUGUCAAAAAAUCUAGCGUCGUUUAACAGUAUUACUCCAUGCAGUUCACGAAGGACUAGUUUUUCAAGUAUUGUGAGUACUUCAGAUAUUGUGGGCAAGGACAUUGACCUUGAACUGGACGAAGACAAGUGUAAAACAGAAUACAGUUUGAAAUCGGUCAGUCCAAAAACCCGAACACAAACUUGGUUACUCUCACCAAUUAGUCCCGCUAUGCAAGAGCCAAUAACUGAUUCUCGGAGUCUAUUUACACCGAGCAAUGAACAUGAAACAUUUCAAAUGGAUGAUGUAAGUAUUGAAAAACAAUUUACACCAAGUCCUGGUUCUAGGUUUUCGUCAUUACAGCCUCCCUCGUACAAAAGUCCAAAGAGGUCGGGUAGUGAGGAUUUCCCUGAGUAUGUGCAGUGUGAUACUUCCGCAAUUACAAAAACAAUGCAACCGCCGAAAACAGAUGAUGAUGACGAGGGAAUCGGCACGGAACAUAACAUACCGGUUGGUACGAUGACAUUACGACUACCUAAAUUGCCGGAUUUUAAAAUGUUACAUACUGUUGAGAAAUCUGAAAAAGUUGAGCCACUCUUAUCAAAAGACAAGCUAUGUCUCAAGUCAUUAAAGGUGAAGAAGUAUAUGCCAAUUAAUAGAAAAGAAUCACCGGCUGACUCGUCACUUAAAUCGUCUGACAGGUCAGACAAUGUAAAGAGCAAACGGAAUGGUGAUCAAAAUGGUGGAAAUGGGUGUACAAACGGUAGGUCUCGCAGUGAUCCAACACAAGAUCGUAAAAGAUUACCUGAGGAAUCGGAAAAUGUGUCGCGUGAUAGUAAUCUUUUAAGCUCGCUGAAUGUCGGAGCAUGCCCAUCCCCUGAAGGAGUAUUAAGUGAUGGCAGUGAUAUUUCUAUUUCUACUAUAGGAGACUCCAUGGACCAAACCUAUACGCAAGUGUACGAGUCUGUCGUCAGUGAACCGUCUGGAAUAUCGGAUCAUCAUGAUACUAGAAAUGGUAAAAAUAAGAAAAAAUUAUCCCUGACGUGGCCCAAUGGUGACUCAGCCCACAAUAAUUUCAUACCGGUGCAGAGACAACCCAUACAAAGUGCUUCCAGCGAACCUGUCAUACCAGAAGUGGAACAGGAGGUGGACGGCGAUGAAGAUAUCAUUGAGCCUCUCAAGCUUUCGUUUGAUGAAGAAAAGGAUGACGAUAUGAAAAUUGAUAAACGUAUUAUUGGUCUGUCCCUGCCGUCAACGGCAACGGCGACGCAAAAAAGAAAAGAACGAAUGCGUAAAAGUCGCAGCGAGGAUAAAGAAAGCGGCAAAAAACCUAAAGUUAGCAUUGUUAUACCUGAAAAUAUCCCUGAGCCUCCACUAAGCCCAGGGACACUUAAGAAAUCACCAUCUAUUGGAAAAGAUGACUUGUCAAAACAUUUCACUUUGAUACCAAAAGUUUCUUGCAAAACUAUUUCAACUCCCAACUUGACUGUAAUGCAGCAAGCCUCGGUUGGGGAUGAACUUGGAUCACCAGCUACACCAACUACCGUAUUGACUGAGUCUCGGUCAUCAGCGUCACUGCCAAGGAACAUUACAAGUAUUUCACCAGACAAAAAACCAACUAAACAAAAUGUAAGUAAAUGUUUAACUAUAUUUCUUCUCAUUGUACAUUGA